ACGAGAGCUCACCGCACCUUCAAAUACAUUCAGAGAAUACUUCUCCCGUACUUGACUACUUACCGAUUUCGCCUGUGGAGACGCAAGCAUGGCUUCCGCAUCAACAAAGGCAGAUGCUACAAAAUCAAUUCUGGAACUGGUAACGACUUUGAACAGUCAUGAACAGGACUCCGAUAUUUCAUCCAUAUCCUACUUUCCUGAUGGUCAGCGAAUGAUCAGCGGAACUGAGGAUGGGACCACUCGGCAAUGGGAUCUGAAGGCGGGUAGGGAGAUUGAGGAAGCGCGGGAUGUUUGGAACAAGAGGUUGGAGGUAUGGGCAGUUGCAGUAUCGAGGGAUGGUCGAUGGGUUGUGACUGCAGGUGGAGAUGAUGACACCGGGGAACUGAAAGCCUGUGAAGUUGAGACGGGGAUUGUGAAAGAAUUCAAAGGCCACUCCGAGAAGAUCCAGAGUAUUGAUAUAUCCGCGGAUAGCAAGCUGCUGGCGAGUGGGUCAUUUGAUGAAACAGCGCGGAUAUGGAACUUGGAGACCGGCAAACUCGUGUUUGGUCCAUUUGAGAGCGAUGAAUUUGUGGGCGCAGUUCGAUUCUCGAUUGAUUCUAAGAAGCUCGCAAUCAACUCAUUUAGCGGGACGCGCCUUCAUGUCUGGGAUGUCAAAACACAGAAAUUGGAUGCCAGGUUAGGGACAGCAGUGGACGCCGAUGGAGCAGGAUACACAGAUGCACCAAUUUUUUGGACAAACAAAAACAAAAACAUAUUGGCCGUAUUUAGAUUCACGGACGAUGACGACGCCACCACGAUCUACGAGUUCGACGCAUCGACAUUGGAGACUGUCGGAACUCCCUUCGAAGGGCACACUGACCAGAUCAACGGUCUAGCACUUUCAUCUGACUGCACUCUCCUUGCUGGCUCUUCCUACGAUAACACCGUCAAGCUCUGGGCCUUCGAGUCCCGCCAACUCCUCGCUUCCUUCGACGUUCAACGUCCCCGCGCCCUUGUCCUCUCACCCGACUCGAGCCAACUAGCUUACGUGACACCCAGGAACUUUCGCCAACGUAGUUACGCUGACUACGAGAUCAAUAUAUGCAACAUUCCACCCGACAUCCUUGCUCAGGCCCGUACCAGUGCACAAAACAACUUGAAGUCAACCAUCACUGAUAUACUAAGAUCUGAUGCAACUCGUCCUCCUCCUGCUGUGCGCCGGAGACCACCAAUACCUGCCAUACCUAUGUCGCAGAGACCACCGCCCACAAUCAACCCGCAUCAACCCAUUUUCCUUCGCCUCCGCAACCUUCUUCCCUUUCCUUCUCGCACGAAUGCAGUUCCGGCUGUUCAGAACAAUCAGACUCGGGGUCCUCUAGAUUUCCCUGCUACAUCCGCCCUACCAUCCAAUGCCGCCCUCUCAGUGCAGCCCACAGCUCGGAUUGAAAGUUUUGAAAUAAGUUCUCCGCCUCCCCCUUCGAACGGAGUCGCACGAUUUAUGCGGGAGCACCUUUCUUUCCUUGUUCCAAGGCAUAGCCAUGGGCCGCCAGUUAUUGAUGUCGCAGCCGGGCGGAAGUUCACUGUAACGCACUUUUUUCUUACAUCUCGGUUUCCCUUCCUGAUUUGUGCCCUCCAGCGGCUAGCUGCUGCCAAAUUACCGGAAUACAGAAAGGCAGACGACACCCGAUACCCGUCUGGGCAGCGGGACAUCGAGUCAUCUGACAAUGAUUCGCUCCCGGACGUGCAUUGGUUCAAGGCGUUCCUCUGCUAUUAUUCGUGCUGGUCUCAUGGGAGACUGAGGAAGCCUCCUCGAUGGCGCCUGGAGCGUGUCGAUAUACCCCGCCAGGAUGGUGCAGCAAAUAGCAGCCAUGGUGUGACUAGCCAGCCACAGCCGAGGGCAGGACCAUCUCGCCAUGAGAACAGUGUUGAUAUUCUCAAUCGAGUCGCUGUGCGUCCUCCCAGGGUCCAGCACGAAGAGAUUGAAUUGAAACCAAUGGCUAAUCGGUCUCAGCCAGAGGCUGGACCAUCUCGCCUUGUGAUCAUUGACGAACACCUAGAGGCACAGUCCUCGUAGUGAAUACGUCAUUCGUUGAGCAUUUCAUCUGUCGAGUCUAGCAUUGUACCAGUAGCUUUUAUAACACAUUUUGCCCUUACCUUCGUGUACCUGCAUCUGGCAUUUCUUGGCUCUCAGAUCAUGCUCAGCCGCCCUGCGAUCAUCCCCGCAGCCCGCCACACCUCACAAUACGUGGUAUGUAUAGGGACGGGUAUUGUACAGGCAUUGCCUAUAUGGACAUGUGGUAUUGCACCCCUUACUGUCGAUCAGCACGAAAUUUAAUGCACAUUUCCUGACGUCAACAGCAGAAGACUCGUUUGAUUUCUCUUUCCAUCAUACAUUACGCCUCGUUCGUCCAAGAGGUGUUGGAUAACUUCA